AUUAAAAGAGAUUGUUGCAUAUAAUGUCUGAUCACGAGAAAUAUUGUAUAACUAGUGUAGCAAAUGAAAUCCAUAUUGAAGAUGCUAUUGAAGACAUGGAAAAUUUGUCUGAUGAUGUUGAAAGUAUUAUUGAUACACAAACAAGCAAUGAUGACUUUCUUAUAGAGUUAUAUAGAGAACGACCAUUUUUGUACGACAAGAGAAAUUCUAAUUUUAAGGAUACAUUAAUGAAACAAAAUGCAUGGAACGAAAUAUCUAAAACAAUGAUUCAGACAAAUUGCGGCGAUUUGUACACACCAGAGCACUGCUAAAGAAGAUGCACUUCUUUAAGAGAACAAUACAAUCGUGAAAAGAAAAAGAUAGAAAAUGAAUGUAAAAGUGGAAGUGCUGCUCUAAAUCCCAAAUCUAAAUUUUCAUUAUAUUCUAAAU